AUGGGGAACACAGUGAGUAACCUGAUUUUCAUUCUACCUCCAAUCUAUGGUGCGAUUCAGACCUAUAAAGAUGGCCUUGAAAAACGGUAUUUAGCUGCAUAUUUUUGUCUUGCAGCUGUGGGAUUGGGAUCUUGGUGCUUCCACAUGACCCUGAAGUAUGAAAUGCAGCUGUUGGAUGAACUGCCAAUGAUAUACAGUUGUUGUGUGUUUGUCUACUGCCUGUAUGAAUGUUUCAAGUACAAGAACACAGUCAAUUAUCCACUGCUUUUCUUGUUAAUAACAUACAGCUUCGUAGUCAGCAUAGUUUACUUAAAUUUGAAAGAGCCUGUGUUCCAUCAGGUCAUGUAUGGAACACUAGUUUCCAUUAUAGUUCUACGAUCUGUUUAUAUAGUAUUAUGGGUAUACCCAUGGCUCAGAGGUCUAGGCUAUACAUCUUUAACUGUAUUUUUAAUGGGAUUUUUUCUCUGGAAUGUGGACAACAUUUUCUGUGAUAAAUUGAGAGCACUACGAGAGAAAAUGCCUCCUGUUGUGGGAGCUGUGACACAGUUUCAUGCAUGGUGGCAUAUCCUCACAGGCCUGGGCUCUUACCUUCAUAUCCUGCUAAGUUUAUAUACAAGGACACUUUUCUUGAAACACAGGCCAAAGGUGAAGUUUGUUUUUGGAAUAUGGCCUAUUCUUCUUGUGGAGCCGCCCAAGAAGCUUUGACUGAGACCUAGGCAGUCCCAUGCGAUCACCUAGCCUGUUUGAAUAAAGUGAUUCAACAGUUACUAUGGCUGAAGUGUCAAAACUAUGAUCAAUUCAAGUACCAUUGCUAUAAAAGGACUUCUCUGUGUUACUACGCCAACCAGCCAGAACAGAGCAAAGAGUUGGCACACUAGGGAAAUGUUUAGUACAGCUUUAUUCUAAGUUGUUAAAACAAAGAUUAAGACACAAUAUUUUUAUGUAUAUAUUGUAUAGCUGAUGAUACUGAGCUAAUAUUUCGUGCUGGUCACAGAAAACUAACCAUUUUUGAAGUGGAUUGCAUACGUUUUUCAUUCGGUUGUCGUUCUUUCUGUGGUUUAAACUAAUAUUAGUAACUGAAUGACAAAAACAGGCCAUUGAUGGCCAAGCUAAGCAUUUGUGUGGCCUAUAGUGAACUGAAUGCUUAACCUGAACUACUUUCAUCUUGCACUUUUAUACAAGUAGUGAAGUAUGUAAUGAUUUGUUUAGGACUUUAUUCUAUCUUGCUUUUCCACAGCCUCCUUUCCAAUUUAUAUUUUAAGCAAAACGGUUGGGAUACCUGUGCCAUUUAGUUCAUUUUGAACCGAACUUCCAUUUUCUCUUUAGUCCAACUGAGGUACAUCAUGGAGGAUGUUCCAGGGUGUGACCAGCAGAAGACACUUAAGAUGGUGAAGAAAGGGGUUUUUGUUUGUGUGUGGAAACUGAAUUCCUACUUUGUUUGGCCAGUGAUCCAUCGGGAGACUGCAGGGUGACUGCAUAAACACAAGAAUCACUUUUUAAAUUUUUUAUAAUCAUUAUUUACAUGUCUCCCUUUUUUAUCCCUACUUUUUACUCCCCAUGUCCCAUUUAUACUACAGAUCAACAGACACCUUAGACGUGUGCUAGUUCAGCUUUGAAUUCAUUUCUUACCCUUAUUUUACAAGUCUUAAAUAUUGGUCUGACUUUCAGAAGCAUCUUGCUAUUCAGAAAUAUUGAAGAAAGAGCAAAGAACAAGAUUGAUGUUGAGGAUACCCCAAAAUAUAAGUGGCAGCACUUUGAUUGCUCUUAAUCUGUCCAUCACACGGUUACUCUGGAAAGUUGACUACCUUUUCAAAACCAAACUUUGGGGUUAAUGAAGGGGAAAAGUCCUCUGGUUUCUGCAAUCUUUAUCUACCCAGCUGAUGAAAGUUAAUAAGUAAUCAUAAAGAAAACAUCGAACUAACAGUUUUUCAAAAUAUACCUCAUAUUGGAGGCUGUGGUUUUGACUCUUCAAAUCAUGGGGCAACUAAACGGAGUCUGUCUCUGGGCCUCCUAGCUGCCAUGCUAUGCAAUUUUUACCUGCUUUUGAUGCUCUGAGGGAUUUGUCCUUCUUGCCAUGAAGGAAAAAAGGGAAAUGCUCAGGCUGGCUGGAAAUCCUAUUCUAUAUUGAUUUGAAACGUGUCCAUGGCAGCAGGGCACGGUAGUAUAGCUAUAAAGCUGUCUCCCAGAUCACAAAGUCCUGGCUAUUGUAUAAUCAGCACUGACUAAAAUGGUCUUCUCCCUUUAAUGUCCUUUUUUCCUAUUUGCAGAUUAGCUGCGUCUUGUGUCCGUCAGUAGCACUCCUACUGAUGAGAAUCUCCAAAUAAAUUCGUGGCUUUAGUUAUGUGACUGACUGACUCACUCUUGGGAUAAAAUAGACCCAAACUUGGGGCUGGAAAAAGAUACUUAACCUUGAGCAACUUCAGUGAGGUUUAAGCACGUGCUGACAGCAGUGCAUUUCAACCUGUAAACGACUGUAAAGACUCCUGAAUUGUAAUUUCAGAAGAAAUUUGUUGUCAGUAGAUUCCAGUUCCACAGACAAGGUCAGCAUCUAUGUUGGGAAAUUCGUGUGAUCUUCAGGCUGAAAGAGAUUAAAAUAACUAGCAUAGAGGUAGGAAAAUGCCAUCUUGGAACAAAUGUCUUUAUCCAGAAGGCGUAUUUUUUUGUAAAGAGAUUUCAGAACUAUUUUAAAAAUGUAGCUUAAAAAUAAGUGCCUGCCUCUUCACCUCCAGGCUCUCUCAAGCAUGCUUCUGCACACUGUAACUGAUUUUCUUAUUUAGUACGUUUACGUGUUUUCAUAAAUUAGGGAGAGAGUCCCUUAAUAGGAGCAGUGCAGCAACAAGACACGUCAGCAGUCACUUGUGACAUCUGCUAGGUAUGGUAUUAUUUUUAAGAAGGUGAACAAAACCUUUAUUUUGGUGGCCUUCAUUUUGUUACUGGAGGAUCUGGGGGCUCUGUUUGGUUUCCCUGUAAUUGCAGGAACCAGAACGUGCUGAAAAGCCACUUUUUUUUUAAUUGAUAAGGCAUCUCUACGGUGAUAUAUUCUAAAGAAAUUUGUGGAUUCUUCUACACAUUUGCAGCUAGUAAAUAUUUUUUUUUUCGAUCUUGUUGAAUUAAACUGUCAGGAUUUAAAAAGCAAAGUCAGAAAAGCUCUUGUUUUAAUGUUAUGCUGCUGUUAGCUUUUCAUUCAUAUAUCAUUUGUCACUGACGUUUUUAUCUUUAAAAAAAAUUAUACAAAUUGGCUUCUUCCUUUAUUCCAGGGGUGACCAAAACAUGCACACUUCUACCACCCUUACAGCAGCCUUUCCUUCAGGUUAUGUAAGACCCUAAAGAAUGUAAUUUAAAUGUAUAUUCUUCUAAGCAUAAAUAAUCUGAAAUCGUGGGUGCUUUGGUUUGACUGCCUUGUCUUGUGAGUGAUAUUGCAAAUGGCAAGCCAGUUUUAACUGCAUGUCACUGAAAUUCAGACUGCCUUUUCCAGUGCCUGGAAAGACGUACAUCCUUACUCCUGUAAUGUGUUAAAUGUCUGUUAAAUUGCUUUUUAUUUGUAACACUUGUAAAACAUGCUGAUUGUUUUUUUUUUCUACAAACCUUAGAGCAGCAUAUCCCAAACUUUUCUUGCACUACAUCUUACAAGGUGGGUCAUCUUUGAUCCUAUUUUUCAAGUAGGAUUCAGACAGCAGCUACUUUAAAGGGAAUUAUGGAAGUAGCAGGUGUCAUUUAAAAUCAAUCCUACAGGAUGCGUUGGAUGACCCGAUAGCAAUGAACUAUUAUUCUUUAACAUCCAUGAGGAACCAGGGAAUCUGCCUUACAACCACCGGCUUGACACAGAUCAGCAGCAAGUAGUUCUGCAGACUUGAGUUGAAAAAUUCUUCCUUGGAAAUAAGAGAAAAACCUCAAAAUUACUCUCCCAGUGUGGAUCAACACCAUACCUUAUGCCAGGAAUCUAGAUCUUUGCUGGAUACAGCUCAAGACGUGCAUUAUCCAGAACUGAAGACAGGACACGAUAAAUAAAUCUGCCAUCUGGAGGAAUCUCACCCAUGUUUCGAAGGCAGUGUUGUUGGCUAGCAGUAUUAGUCAUCUCCGAACUUUAUUCUACUGCUUUUUCUUUUAGCACAGGGAAGGUGUGCUACCUGCAAGUGUUUGGAAGAGUACCCCAUAGUCACAGUUGGAAUAUGCAGUCUAUCACUUGCCGAUCUACCUCUGUCGUGUAUUGUACAAUACCUGUGCCCUUAAUUAUACCUGCCUGAAUGUGCAGAAGGUAGAGCAGCCUCACCUGGACCGUGCAGCCCCUGAGGUUGGCAACAGUAUCGUACUGAUCCGUGGCUGACUCUGUUCACUGUGUGUAAACAGCCUGACUUGUUUGGUCUCUGUCACUUUUAGGUUGUGCUCGGUCUGGUGUUCAUCUGCGUGCAGAAGUCCAGCUGCUUUAGAAAGAGAGAUAAGUAGGAGGACUUAAAUUCAGACAGCUGAAAUGAAACCUUUUUGGCAGUUAAGUUACAUUUAAAGCUAAGAUGCAAACGGCAUAGCUCAUUUUACAUGAUUUUGGAAGAGAUGGGAUGGAAAAUAGUUUUAUAAUUAUUUCUAAUUCUCUUUUCAUUAAAUACUAUGCUGUCUUGUUUGGCUGAAGGGAAAUUGUAUGAUUUGAAAUGCAGUUGAUUCUUGUGGCUGUAGUGCAUUUGUUUCCAACACCUGAUUUAGAACAAGAGAGUGAGGUUUUCAGCUAACUCCUCCAUGUGAAACUCUCAGCAACAGAAAAUCCUCCUUGUAUCAGACUGUUUCUCACAGUCAUUACCGCCUUGUUUAGUCUGCAUUCAAGAAUUUUUGGGAAUGCUGGGGUGUUUUUUUUU